ACACCGGUCAUAUUCAACGGGCGUUGCGCAUUCGUAAAUUCACCAGUUAUUCUGCGCUCUCGCAUACUCAGAUGAAGGGUGCUCUGGUCGGAGUGGAUAGCCAGAGGGAUUUUGCGAACACACAAAGUCAGGUCAACAUUACAUUUAUUCGCGUUUUGGAACACAGUAAUAUAGUGUGUUGUGGCUCGCUUCGGUUUUAACUGAGUAGCAACGUUUGCGGAAUCAUUUGCUUCCAACAAGUGUGCAAAUAGGCAUUAUGUUAGCCAUCGUGCUAGCUAGCUAAUCCUGUAGUUACCUGCGCGCUGCAUUGGCUAACAUUACCGUCGUCAGCUGUCCUGCAAAAUCAAGGACAGAUGACAAUUUCACUCAAAAUUCCCAAAGAAAUCACUAUCCAGUUCGAUGUUCAGUACAUGAGCUAACUAACCUAACUAUAUAAGGAUGGAUUCAAAGAGAGACAUGAAAGAUCAAGAAACCGAGAGAAUCUCCAAGGUGACGGCUGUGCUGCUGAAGUCCCGGACGGGAGAGUUUGAUCUGGAAUCUAUUCUGUUCCUGAAGCUCCGAGGUCUCGGUAAAAUCAGAUUACAUCAUUGUCACCUUAUAGCAGAGGUGGUCAAGUGUGACGGUGUGGAGAUGUCCGGUGGUGUUUGUAAGAACUCGUCCUACAGGAACAUUCUCCUGGAGAUGUUCCCAAACAUCAGAGUGUUGGAUGGUGAAAGAGUGGUUGGACGUGGGAGUGACUUAUAUAAAUUAUGCAAAGACAUUGAUGAAACUAUCAAAGCUGGUUUCUAUAGGAAUGGCCAGUUACCAGAGCUGCCUGGCUGUAAGCCCUGGGUCGACAACGACUUCUGGGAGAUCAAGAGAUCCAACAACGCCAUUAUAGACGAGGCCUACAAACAGUUCAAUGACGUCCUUCAUGAAUGCAGACUGCUGAACAACAGAGCAACGCAUGUCAUCUCACAGACGGAGAGAUCUCUGAGCCUCAAGAACCAGCCAAAGCAGUACACGUUUAAAUGUGCACCAAAACAGUACACUUGUUUAAAUGUUGCACCAAAGAGCAGUACACUGUUUAAAUGUGCACCAAAGCAGUACACUGUUUAAAAUGUGCACCAGAACAGUACACUGUUUAAAUGUG